AUGGCGGUAAGCACCAAUCACCACCGCCUGGAGCCUGGCGCAGCGAUGAUGACGGCGAACCUGGGCAGCCAAGUGGAGGAGUCACUGGCCAAGCUGAAGGAGUUGCAGCCAGACAAGCCCUUAUGGGUGAUGGAGUUCUGGUCUGGUUGGUUCGACCACUGGUUUAAUAAUCAUCACGCGACUAAAUCAGCUGCAGUAUAUGUCAAGUACCUCAAGCAGAUCUUGGACUUUCCGUCUAAUUUCAACACAUACAUGUUCCACGGAGGUACCACCUUCGGUUUCAUGAACAGCGGCACAAUGCACAACAAGUACCCUACAUAUAAGUCGGACGUCAGCAGCUAUGACUAUGAUGCUCCCCUAAAUGAAGCGGGAGACUACACAAAGAAGUACAAUGAGACAGUGAAGUUGAUCGCCAACUACUUGACUGUGAAGACCAAACUGCCAGCCAUGCCCGCUGAAAGUGUCAAGUUGGCUUACCCAUUAACAAAAGUAAUUCAGUGCCUUAACCUUGGUAACUUGGUGGAUCAAUUGGAUGAGUUGGACCAUGUGAACUCCACGGACGUGUUGCCUAUGGAGAUGUUAGAUAUAAACAACAAGAGUGGACAGAGCUAUGGCUUCAUAUUGUACCGGAAGACAGACCUCCACAUUCCAGAAAACUCCACUGUGAGGAUUAGUGGGAAAGUCAACGACUUGGCUGUGAUGAUGGUAAAUGGCGUCAGAAAAACUGAAGUGUUUAAGACUUCAGACCAACAGAAGAGUUUUGGGUACUUUGAUGCCGAAAAAUCCACACAGUUGGCUCUAGAUAGAAAAACUGUCGGAAAGAGACAACGCCUAGACAUCCUGGUUGAGAACUGGGGUCGAAGAUCUGGCCUUAAAGGGAUUGUCAACGGCUCUGUUAUUCUGAAUAAUGACACAAUCAGAAACUGGCAGAUCUACGCUCUCCAGUUCAAAGGCAACUGGGUUCGCAGACUGAGCAAAUGGAACACAUUGGGUGAAAUGACACAGCCGACACUUUUCCGGGCUGUUCUGGAGAUCGCAGAGCCACACGACACGUUCAUCAACAUGUCGGCCUGGGGCAAGGGAAGUGUCUUCGUCAACGGCUUCAAUGUUGGCCGCUACUUCUCCGCCGCCGGCCCAACCAAGACGCUGUAUGUUCCUGCGCCUCUGCUGAAGAAAGGGGAGAAUGAGAUCCAGGUGUUCGAGCUGUUCAGCGCAGCUUCAGAAAUUACCUUCUCUAAGUUUCCGAUUCUCGGCUAGAAUCCCACAAUUCCAAAUUAAAAAUAAUUUUUUAGUCAUUUAUUAGAACAAACUGAUUAUUUGCAUUAUUAUGGGAAUAUCCGUAGCGAUUUUAACUCAUCAUAAAUUAUAAGGGUCGGGAAAAAGUAUGCAUUCUUUUCAUCCCAGCUGUAGUGACUUGCCUUCAGGAAAACGGACCCCCUCAGCUAGAGCGUACAUGUGUUCCACUGCGUUUAGUCGUCACUGUCAUAGACUCCCAGCUCCUCCCUACUUUCCCAUGGUCUUAUUGCCACUGGAAGGAGUUAGAGCAGAGACAUUUCAAGUUUCUGGUUUCAGUAUUGAAUGUAUGCUAAAAAAAAGUUUCCCUUCAUAGACACUUAGUUUUCACCAUCAAUAGCGCAGGGCGAAAGGUGAUGUAACAUAAGCUCUCGUAUUAAUAAAAUCAAACAAACUAUAACUAUAAUAGUACUCGUUCUGAUAUUCUAUACUCCCAUUCAUACAAAAUUUGGAGCUAUACUCCUGCACUCUAGCUGUUUCAGGUUCACGCCUAAAAUAGGGAGAGUGAUUAGGGUGAUAUUUAUAUUUAUUUACUGUUAAUACUGAGUGGAAAUGCGAUAGUAUGUAAAUGGGAAUACUGGGACAGGGUAAAAGAUAGUGGAGCCGGAGCUGAACCGUCAUCUUGGAUUUGUGACGUCACGGUAGCAAUUUUAGACUCAAAAUGACUCAAAAUUCCUGAAAUUCCCGUUUUCGCAGAAAAAAAUCCAUAUUUGAGAGAAAAUUUCCCGUUUUUGUCGUUAAAAAUGCCACCGGCUUCGUAAUUACAACCAACGGCUUAAAUUUCUUAACGGCUAGCUCAUCUAAUCCGCACCUUGACAAUUAGGAUGUUUCGCCCUCGAUGGAGACUUCAAUGGCUGGUGAUUCGUCACCAACUACCGAGCAUCGAUGCUGUUACUGCGACAAGAUUUUCUCAAACAACAGCAAUGCUCGUCGGCACGAGAAGAGAGAAUGUGCUAAGAACCUUUAUCGUAAAAUGCUUGACUGUGAGAAAUGUCAUAGGCAGUUUGCCGGAAAGAUAAUAUAAAAACGCACAUGAAGACAUGAAAAGGCCCUGCUGAGUGACAUAAAGUAAAGAUUUAGGUGCAACAACGAUGCAUCGAUUUGCAUAAGAGUAUGCCUGGAAAUGGUUCCACUGCAGUAAAAUCAGAAUCUGGUUUGGGUUCGUCUUCAUCAACUAGAUAUCCUUGAGGCUACUACGAUAUGAUGUUUGCAUUUGCUCACGAUGUACGGAGACAGUAAAUGUACGACGAAUCAUUUUCGCAUGAAGUUUCGCUGUGAUGAGUGCCAUGAAUGGUUUACACGAAUUGACAGAUUGCGACGACAUGCGAAAAACUAUAAAGGUGAAGUCCGUGUGCCUACUGUUGAACUAUCUGCAGAAAUUACGACUUCUCGCUUUAAAGUGGAUACUCGUGAGCGUACAGGCAAAAAAAAACAGAUGAGCAGCAACCGAUUGCUAUGACGUCUGGACAUGAACCUAAAACUAAGUCUGUGUUCGGUGCAUUACAGGUGAAUGAUAAUGGCUUCUACUUGGCGCAGUCUGAUUUUCGUGGGACAUUGAAAACCACUAUUAACUAAAAACGUUCAAUAAGUCGAAGGACAUUUAUAAUUUUCUUGACCAUAUAAGGCAGAACAUAAAAAAUGAAAUUACUGAUGACGUAUUAACAAACGGUCCAUUAAAAAAUAACUUUUGGUUGGAUUGUAGGCCUUUAUAUGAAAAAACAUAUUCAUUCGAUGACAAAGUGAAGAAGUGUGCAUUCAAGACAUCGGCUGCAGUAAUUUACAAUUCUAAAGAUGUGAAGCAAACUGUUAAACACAGUAUCCAGAAACUCUGUCAGGAAGAGGAGGAAUAUAUCAGUAAAUGUUCUGGCUGGUCUCUAAUACAAACCGAUUGGAGCUAAGAUUGAGUCAUUUCACGCCUAUGCAGGCCUAAAUGUUUUAAGAUUACCGGCUUUCGCAAGUGUUCCUGUAGUAGCAUAGCAAUUAAGUAAUAAAUAUUACCAUUGUAAAAGAA